AUGCGUGGCUUGGCGAGGGCUCUCCUGCUCGCGCCGGCCCUCGUGGGCGCCGCUCCGUCCAAGAUUGGUAUGCAAAAGGUCAACGAUGCCUCCCCAUCAACCUUUGUCACCUUUGAUAUCCCACCGGGCUUCAACGAGGACCAGACCAAGCCCUACACCCUCCACCUGGAAGUCCUCGAGGCCCCCUCCCCCUGCGCCUACCCAAACAUCAAAGUAAACGACAACGCCCUCUCCCAGGGCGGCCACACCCUCGGCCGCGGCACCUUCGCCGGCGACCACGACGGCUCAACCUUCAUCGCCUCCUGGUCCGCCACCUGCGCCGGCGACGAGCAACUCCUCCGCUUCACCCUCGAGUCCCUCUCCGGCCGCACCCUCGCCUCCGACCUCGCCUUCGUCGCCCGCUUCCGCCAGACCGCCCCGGCCGCCAUCAUCGAGGUCGCCGGCAACGUCCGCACCUCGGACGCCCACCCGCCUCCUCCCUCCCUCCCUCUUCCCGAGUUCGAGGGCCACUCUCCCCGCCCGGGUGACGACGAGGAUGGACUCCUCGAGGAUCCUCCUUUCCCCCCGCCGCCGCAUCACCAUGUCGGUAACCACCCGGAUAACCACCCUGGCGAGCAAGGACAUCGCCCUCCUCACCACCGCCCUGGCCACGAGAACGACGACGACGACGACGACCACCACCGCCGCCGCCCUCACCAUCCCGAGGACCGCCCCGAAGAGCACCCCGAGCUCGACCAGAAGGUCCUCAAAGAGCUCGACGACCUCGAGUGCAUGCGCCACCAGCUCCACGCCUUGAAGCACGCCAUCCACAAGAAGGAAUCCCGCCUCGCUCAAGACCACGGCAUCUUCCCCCCCAGCCACCGCGGCUUCCGCUCCUGCGACUCCCUAAAGUGCGUCAUCGACACUCUCAUGCACCGCGUCCGCGGCGGCCCCGGCUUCCACGGCAAGGGCCGUCACCCGGGAGGCCCCGACGGCAGAAGAGAAGGCCACCACCACGGCCGUCGUCCCCACGGCCGUCGUCCCCACGGUCCUCCUCCUUCGUGCCCGGGCUUCCCCUUCCCCGAGCACGGCAACCACACAAAGGGAAACCACGCUGAGCCCCCGCCGCCUGGUCCCCCUCCUCCGGGCUUCUGCCACUGCCUAUCGCCCCCUCCCAAGGGCCCUCCCGAUGGUCCCCCCGAGGAUGCCCCUGAGCCGCCGCCGAGAGGACCUCACCACGGCCCUCCUCCCCCGCCGUUCGACGAGCCUCCUCAUGGACCUCCUCACGAUCACCACGGCCCGCCGCCUCCUCCUCCCCCUCCUCCCCCUCCUCCCUUUGACGGACCUCACGGACACCACGGCGGUCCUCCUCCUCCUUCUCCUCCCUCGCCUCCCUUCGACGGACCCGGUCCCCACGGCCACCACGGACCUCCUCCUCCUCCUCCCUUCGACGGCCCUCACCACGGCGGUCCCCCCGGUCCCCCUGGUCCUCCUCCCCCGGGCCCCCCUCCCGACUUCGAGCACGAGCACCCCCUCGACCACGAAGGCGACCACGGCGGCCCUCACGGUCACCACGGCCCCCCGGGUUUCCCUCCCCCGCCGCCAGGCCCUCACGGCGGUCCCCACGGACCUCCCCACGGAGGCCCCCCUCACCUCCCUCUCCCCGCCAAAAUCUCCGUCGCAGUCCUCCUCUUCAUCGGAAUCCUAGCCCUCCUCCGCGCAGGCAUCCUCUCCCGUUCCCGCCCCUCCCGCAGUGAAUAUUGCGCAGAACGCCGCGAACGCAAACACUCCCGCCGCGCCCUCCGCCGCGACUACCGCGAAGCCCGCAAAGAAGCCUUCAAAGCAACCCUCACAGACUUCUGGUCCCGCAUGUUCACCACCGGCGGCGUCACGGGGGAAGAAGACGAGGAGAAGCAGGCGUUCAUGAACAGCCGUCCUUCCCUCUCGGAGUCGGAACGGGACUUUGAGACGAUGGAGAGCAUGACGGAUGAAAUCACAGAGUUCCGCAACGCCGCGACCCUCGUCUCGGAGAUGGUUGCUGCCGAGGAGCGGAGGCAUAGGAUGAGGGAGCAGGAGCAGGAGCAGCAGCAGCAGCAGCAGCAGAUGCAGUGCCAGCACCAGCACCUCAUGCCCACCCACUCCCACUUCCAGCGCCCCGCCAUCAUCACCCCUCCCUCCCCGACGACCGCCUUUGCAGAGUACAUGGGCGACGACGUCCUCCCCGCCUACGACGAGCAUGCCGCGCCGUCCGUGAUUGUCUCGGACGGGUUCAGCAGCUACACGCCCGGUUCGAGCAACUAUACCCCCAGCGCGGGGUCGGAUAUGGCGUCGAAUAUUGAUGAUGUCCUGGGAGAGACCAAGAACUAG